UUAAAGAGCUCCCUCCCCCUAUUUCCUUUACUUGUUCUUUUCGAUUUAAUUAAUGUUGUAAAUCCUAUUAUCCCAUUCCACCCCUCUUUCCCACCUCUUUCUUCUCCUCGAUCCUUUGUAUAAAUACCUCACUCUUCUCAUCACCAUUUCACCACUCUAAUUCACUCAAUUAUCCAAACUAGUUGUGGAUUUCAGUACUGCGGCCCCAUGACUUCUCACCACCUUAAACCUAACAGUAACAAGCCUGUGAUUAUCCGAGAAGUGUGGUCCGACAACUUGGACUCCGAAUUUGAGCUGAUUUCGGAUCUUGUUGAUAGGUUCCCCUUUAUCUCCAUGGAUACGGAGUUUCCAGGAGUCAUCUUCAAGGUGAACUCUGCCCGUCACGGCCGUGGGUCCCGGAGGCCCUCUCCUGCCGAUCACUACAAGACACUGAAGAAAAACGUCGACGCUUUGAACCUCAUUCAGCUCGGCCUUACACUCUCCGACGCCGCCGGGAACCUACCCGAUCUGGGCUCCGGCGAGCGCUUCAUCUGGCAGUUCAACUUCUCCGACUUCGACGUGACUCGUGAUCUGCACGCGCCGGAUUCGAUCGAGCUCCUGAAGGCGCACGGGAUCGACUUCGAGAAGAACCGAGCUGCCGGGAUCGAGUCUUGGCGCUUCGCGGAGCUGAUGAUGAGCUCCGGGCUGGUGUGCAACGAUGCCGUCAGCUGGGUGACGUUCCACAGCGCGUACGACUUCGGGUACCUGGUGAAGAUCCUCACGCGCCGCUCAUUGCCCGGUGGCUUGGGCGAGUUCCUGGAGGUUCUCAGGGCGUUAUUCGGAGACAAUGUGUACGACGUCAAAUACUUGAUGCGGUUCUGCGAGAGCUUGUACGGGGGGUUGGAGCGGGUGGCCCGGGCGCUGGAUGUGGAGCGGAUAGUAGGGAAGUGCCAUCAGGCGGGGUCGGAUAGCUUGCUGACGUGGCAUGCGUUUCAGAAAAUGAGAGACGUGUACUUUAUGGCGCAGGAGCACGAGAAGUACGGUGGGGUGUUGUAUGGAUUGGAAGGGUAUUAGGAUGCGACGUAUAAAUUAAUUUGUGGACAAUUGAUCACUGCUUAAAACUAAAGUAAUCUAUUCUUUUAUUAGUUGAGAUUAGUGUACACAGUUAAUUUGAGGCUACAUCCAAUUCCAAAGAUUCAAAUAUUAAGAGUUUUGCACUCAACAAUAUAUAUUGCUGAUAUUACAAUGUUUCCAUCAUCAAUAAUUUUAUUAUGGCCGUA